GUUGUUAAACAUUACGUCACAACUUUUAUAGUAAUUAAUUAACUACGAAUUUAAUUGGUUAAGCCGGAAUCAAAAGUCAACCCUAAGCAUCCUCUUCAUUCUUUUAAUAGACACAAGAGACAACAAUUUUUCUUAUUCGAAUCUUGCUUUCCUUCUAAGGUCUCUCAACAUGUCUGGAGCUAUAACAUGCUCCGCAGCCGAACUCUCCGCUCUGCUCGGCCCCAACGCCACGGCCGCGGCUAACUACAUCUGCGGCCAACUAGGCACCGUCAACAACAAGUUCACCGAUGCAGCCUACGCUAUAGACAACACCUACCUCCUUUUCUCGGCUUACCUCGUCUUCGCCAUGCAGCUCGGCUUUGCCAUGCUAUGUGCUGGCUCCGUUAGAGCCAAGAAUACAAUGAACAUCAUGCUCACCAAUGUCCUUGACGCUGCAGCCGGAGGAAUCUCUUACUAUCUCUUUGGUUACGCCUUCGCUUUUGGCGAGUCCUCCGGUGGAUUCAUUGGAAUACACAACUUUGGUCUUAAAAACUACCCCACUUCUACCUCGGACUACUCCUUCUUCCUAUACCAAUGGGCGUUUGCAAUCGCAGCCGCUGGGAUUACAAGCGGAUCAAUAGCUGAGAGGACUCAGUUUGUGGCGUACUUGAUAUACUCUUCUUUUUUAACUGGUUUUGUUUACCCGGUCGUGGCGCACUGGUUCUGGUCCCCGGACGGAUGGGCUAGUCCCUUCCUUUCAGAAAACCGCUUGUUUGGUACCGGAGCCAUUGACUUUGCUGGCUCCGGUGUUGUUCAUAUGGUUGGUGGUAUUGCUGGAUUAUGGGGUGCCCUUAUUGAAGGUCCUAGAAUCGGCCGGUUCGAGGAAGGGGGCCGCGCUAUUGCUCUGCGCGGCCACUCUGCCUCGCUUGUCGUCUUAGGAACCUUCUUACUCUGGUUCGGUUGGUAUGGUUUCAACCCCGGUUCCUUCACCAAGAUCCUUAUUCCGUACGAGUCUGGUUCCAACUACGGCCAGUGGAGCGGAAUUGGCCGGACAGCGGUUACAACCACGCUCUCCGGAUGUACUGCGGCUCUAACAACGCUCUUCGGCAAACGCUUCUUAUCAGGUCACUGGAUGGUAUCUGACGUUUGCAACGGGUUACUUGGUGGGUUUGCGGCCAUAACCGCAGGUUGCUCUGUGGUAGAGCCAUGGGCAGCGAUUGUCUGCGGCUUCAUUGCUUCCAUCGUCCUUAUCGGAUGCAACAAGCUCGCAGAGCUCUUAAAGUAUGAUGAUCCGCUUGAGGCCGCACAGCUACACGGAGGGUGCGGUGCAUGGGGGUUGAUAUUUGUAGGACUUUUUGCAAAUGAGAAAUAUGUAAACGAGGUAUACGGAGCCAGCCCAGGAAGGCAUUACGGACUGUUUAUGGGUGGAGGAGGGAAGCUAUUGGGAGCACAGCUGGUUCAGAUAGUUGUGAUUGUGGGAUGGGUUAGUGCCACAAUGGGAACACUCUUCUUCAUCCUUAAACAGCUCAAUUUGCUAAGGAUCUCGGCGAAUGAUGAGAUGAGAGGAAUGGAUAUAGCACGUCACGGUGGUUUUGCCUAUAUAUACCAUGAUAAUGAUGAUGAGUCAAUUCAGUUUCCGGGAAUGACCCCUGGAUCUCCUUUACCUCGCCGUUCUGAUCCUCCAGCUCUUUGAUUUUCAUGUUUUUUUGUAAUUUUAUUCCCGUUAAGAUGUUUGGGGGUUUGCAUUUGAAAUACAAAUUGCUUUGUUUGUAUCUAUUUUGUUUCGAGUGAUCUAUUAUCUAUGUAUGUGUUUAUAUGUUUCUUCUUUCGGUUCCGUUUUCCGAUUUCUA